AGUCUUUUGAACGGCUCUUUGAAAGGAACUUCUCCUCAAGAUCCGGUUCAAAGAGCCUUCAAAGGGCCAUGAAUCCCAUCUCUAAUCUGAGUAACCGAAUGCGGAAGCACUCUGUGGCUCCCCCUCUCGUCCCCUCAUCAUCUCCGCAGCGUCAGACGGGCUGUGUUCACGGACCCUCCUGUCAGCGGAACUCAGCCAAAUAUCCCGAACUCAACUUUACAGCUCGCUGUGUCCCUACGUUGACAAAAGAUGUUUCUCAACAAGUUUGUCAGUGGCCUCAUUGAUGUUGUCAGCAACAUCGACCCCGCCCAGUUUAUGCCAACUGAACCUCCUCCACCUCGCAGGCCAGCAGUGUUCGCAGAGCAGCAUGAGAAUGACGAGGAGAAGCAGUUCCGCAGAGUCUUCCAGCAGCUCGCUGGAGAAGACAUGGAAGUGAGCCCAAAUGAGCUGAUGAACAUCCUGAACAGAAUCAUUUCAAAACAUGGAGACCUGAAGACGGAUGGUUUCAGUAUUGAGUCUUGCAGGAGUAUGGUUGCAGUCAUGGAUAGUGACAGCACUGGAAAACUCGGCUUUCAUGAAUUCAAACACCUCUGGAACAACGUGAAGAAAUGGCAGGGAAUUUACAAAUCCUACGAUGCCGACGGUUCUGGUGUCAUUGGUGCAGAAGAGCUGCCUAAUGCUUUCAUAGCUGCUGGCUUCCCCCUCAAAGACCAGCUGUUCCAAAUGAUAAUCCGCAGAUACAGCGAUGAAAAUGGAAACAUGGACUUUGACAACUACAUCGGCUGCCUCGUGAGGCUGGAUGCCAUGUGCCGUGCCUUCAAAACCCUGGAUAAAGAUAACAAUGGGACCAUCAAAGUCAACGUUCAGGAGUGGCUUCAGCUGACCAUGUACUCUUGAGUCUGGAGGAUUGCCUCACCUGCUCGUCAUAGGGAACCACUUUGUUUGUCUACACAGUACCAAAUCUUUCUCUAUCCCCACAACCUUCUGUUCUUUAGCCAACCCUUUGUGAGUGGACAAGUUGUUGCAAUGUUAGUUUGGUAGUAUACCAUGUAAUACUUGCAAGGAAGAACUGAUACCGUAUUACUCACCCAGAAAAGCAAAAACCUGCACUCACAUCGGUGCACAACACUGAGGAGCAAAAUAAACUCCUCUGAAUCCUCUGAAAAAGUCUCUAGCUAACAGGAUUCACUUCACAAAAGAUAUAAGUAUGUUUGAGUGGUGUGGCUUGUGAGUCAUUUGCUUUUAAUCUGCUUAUUGCCCUCUAGCCAAACUGAGAGUAGGCCAGACAAAAUCAAGACAAUACUUGCAUCCUGAAAAUUUGGAAAACUCUAAUGUGAAAGCAGGAAGCUUCUGGCUGCAGUGGCUGUUUCCCAGAGAUUGUAUGCUGGAAGGGUCAGCAGCGAUAGUCUAACACUUGAAACAGCAUUGAAAUACCUAGGAAGGGAUUUGUCAUGAUAUUAAUUGAUGUUUAGUGUCACCAAAAGUACAGAGUGUGAGAAAGUCAAACAUGACGAAGCUGUGUGUCAUGGUGGAGGGACAAAAAUCAACUUUUCCUUGGAUUUUGAGGAAAUUGAAACUUAAAAAAUAUACAUUUUAAAAACUCUAAAAAGACUCAAUUAUGGGUUUGAUGCUGGUUCAUGAGUGACAAUCAGACAAAUAUCAUUAAAACCCAAACAUCUUUUUUGUUUGCAAAAAUAAAGACUGACAUGUCUUUUCCCAAGGGUUAGUCACUUUAGUAUUAUUAUUUUGGAACACACCAUCUUACAACUCCCCAGCAGACAAAAACUGGUUUACUCAUCUCUGUAAAUAAUCUUCAACAAGGCACAAGUUUUCUUUUGCUGGGAGCAACAGUAAACAGGUAAAUGGCACAUGUAUACUGCUUCAAUGACAUAACUUUCGCUCAGCUGCUAAUUAAAAAAACUCAUAGGGAUAGGAAAACAUAAACUUUUAACAUCUACCAUAGGAAUUUAGUCACCUAAACAUUGCUACACACUUUUCCACAAAAUGGAAAUUUGUGGAUGGAACAGAUCUACACUGACAGAGGAGAGCUGUAUAAAUUGUAAAGUCAUAGACAGAUCUCUAAUUAAACUACUACUUCAAGUACAGUCAUAUUUACUGUCCCCAUCAUAGAUUCCUCUGGCUACAUUUAUUUUUACUAAAAUAAAGUUAGAUAUAUUUCCACUUUGGUUAUAGAUACAGUAACUGAAAGAGAAUAAAUGUUUAUUUGAUGUCAAACUUUGGUACACAUGCAGAUCAUGGUUUAAUGAUUUGUCGCUCCCUUAUUUUGCAUGAGAGUUGCACUUUUGCUGUAUUGCAUUAUAGCAGUUUGGAGGCUCAGUGCUUUUUACAGCCACUAGACAAUCUAAGCCGAUAAUAAAUACCUUUCAUAUAUAACUAUUUUAAAGUGACAUAUUAUCCAUGGUUGUUAGUAUAUACUCAGUAUAUACAGCACCAUGUUUUUUUUCUGUUUGAGCAAUAUUCACAUCCCAGGACAUCCUGUUUGUUUGGCCAGGCUUUUACUUUAUCAAUUUAUGUUUAAUGCUGGUCUUGUGACUUUGCCAUAACAUUUUCUGUGUCUCAGUUCACCAAUCACUUCUUAUUGUGUACUUACUGAAAUGCCUGCACAAGAUAAUACCAAAACAAUGUGUGGAUUGAUAUUAUAAAACAUGAAUAUGCCACCAAUGCAUGCAGCUAGUAGUAAAUAUGCCAUUAUUAAUGGUUUUAACAAUGUAGUUAUAGCCAAAGUUAUAGAACUGUUACUGAAAAUGCUUGGUCAAAUAAAUACCUGUGCCAUAUUUGAAAUAAAAAAGGUUAAAUGUUUCUGUUA